GGUAUAUAAAGAUGAGAUAUAGCUAAUAAUCAUUUGUCGGAUUGCCACCAUUGGGGGAAACUCGCCAUCUUGAAGAAGAGGUAAAAUGGCUUUGUUUAAUAACUUUAAUAGAUAGACGUUUAGGCCUUCUUUUCAAUAGACUAUAGAGAAAAUUUCGUUAACAGUGCAUGGUAUUUUUGUAAGGUAACACGGAAGUACCACUUACCAAGCCUAUUACAUCUGAUAGUGCGGUAAUCCAGUAAAUUGCAAUAAGCGCUAUCAAUAUUUACAAUACUAUUUAUGACGUAAUAAAUUACCCCAUUACAAUGUUAAAUAUUCCCAUAAGUUCGCCAUAUAUUUGAGUAGUCGCCACUAAUUCGAACGUGCUGAAAGAGUUAUGGGAAAAUAUUUGGAGGGCACCAAGUAGUUUACAAAGAUGACGGUGGAAACUAAGGAGCCGGACCCCAAGUGUAUGGUUCGGAAGAAGCUCGCAGAAUGUAUAAAAGGACCAAAUUUAAUUAAGACGCUUAUAAUCAUUGUGUGUGUUGGUGUAGUAGUGCAACAGAUAACAACAUGUAUUAGGAAACUGAUCGACAAACCGAUCACAACGUACACACAUUUUGAUUUCAACAAGACCUUGUUGUAUCCUAGUGUGACGUUCUGCAGGGAGCCUCCCUACAAAUUUGAUAAAAUGCAGGAAUAUGGUUUGUAUGGUCACCCCCGCUUCACCUCCGCCUGGAGGGACUUCGACUUCGAGAACAUUGACCUGGACGAGAUGUGGGGGAACAUCACUUAUGAUGAGAAGGACAUGUUCGUGCAGUACGGAUUCAACGCGUCAAGAGAUAACGUCGAUCUAAAAGCUACUAUCGGCUUCAUCAACGGCCGCUGCUACACCAUGAGCCCCAAGAUCCGGACACAACACGCCACCAAGCAGCUGGGGUACGCCGUAACGCUGCAGCACACCGCCGAGGACCUGGAGACCACCACCAGCGUCUUCCCGCCAGGGUACCACGUGUUCAUACAUUACUGGAAGGAACCUUACACUGAAGUAACAGUAUACAACGGUGGGAUGGUAGAGUCUCUGUAUGUGAACGUGGGAGAGACGCUGGACGUGAAGCUGAAGGUAGACCAGUACCAGAUGAUCAACUCCGAUGAUGAUCCUUGCAUUGAACACCACAACUACAGUGCUAACGAAUGUACUACAAAAUACGUAUGGGACCGCUCAGUAGAGGCAGCAGGAUGUUCAGGUCCGUGGAUGGAGAGCGACGUGCCGCGGUGUCGCAACUACACCUCCAUGAGGAACCUGAUCACUGCUUACAUGAAUACACAUGAAUCACAUCACAGCUCGGAAUGUCCCAGAAUCUGUAGCUCAUACCUGUACAAUGGGUUCGUCACGGAUCGCCAGAAGUUCUACUCGUGGGACUCCACCGCCACGGAAUGGUGCAUUAAGACUGGACCAGCAGCCCUGCAGACCCACGUAAGAGCAUGUGUUCAAGACAGUUACAAGACCGGUAGUAAUUUGCUGUUUAUCUACUUCAAUAGCAUGAUGGUUUCGGUAUACGAAGAGCGGUUCAAUUACGACUGGAACAUAUUCGUGGCCGACCUUGGCGGUAGUGUUGGGUUCCUGCUAGGUCUCUCAGUGAUCGGUCUGAUGAAAAUGUUCGGGAAGACCUGGAGGAUGUUUAUCCAGCCGUUCCUCAGGAGUGAUAAGGAUUCCGGGAGAAAGCACUCGGAGACGUCAAUAGCGACCAUCGAUGUGAAGAAUUUGGAUCAAAAUUACUUUGACAAGUGUAAUGGGUGGUGCGAUAAGAUUUCUGGCAGUAAAUGAUGGUUUGAUUUAUGUGUUCGCUUAAAUAUCAUCUGUAAAUUUAAGUAAUCUAAAGUUAUUGUACCAAUACUUAAUACUAAAAAAAUGGCAAAAGGCUAGGCCGAUGAUGACUUAUUACCUAAUAAUCCCUGUAAUCUUGUUAAUUAUUAAAAAUAAAUGCAAUUA